CUCAGUUGUAUGCUUUAAACUAAUGAUGGCAGCUCCCUUUGGUUCUGCCAAAUCUGUUUAUCAAUCAUCAUUUCAUAUUCCAAAAAAUCCUGCAACGUUUUUGACUGUGAUAUUAUUUGUUGAAUUUUCCAUGGAUUUAUAAUCAUAAAUUCAGAGGGUUUAUGAUUAAAAAAAAAAUCUGAGAGUAUAGCUUAAUAGUGUCUCUGUUCUUCAUCACUAAUGUCUCAAAUGAUUCAUCAAAUCUCACCUUCUUCAUCAUCAGCUCCUCCUCCUAUCACCACCGCCAAUCAUUCAUCCAAUCGAAUCAGCCCCAUUGUUCUGUUCAUCAUCGUUCUCGUCUCCGUCGUCUUCUUCCUCUGCAGCAUUCUACAUUUAGCGAUCAAACACUACUUAAACAAGAAAAGGUCGAGCCUUUCUUCCUCAACGCCACAUUCCGACAACCAAAACCCGGAACUUUCAGAUUCCGACACGUACAGAAGACAGCUCCGACAGCUGUUCCAUCUCCACGAUUCAGGUCUAGACCAAUCUCUCAUCGACGCCCUUCCUGUCUUUCUCUACAAAGAAAUCAGAGGCUCCAAGGAGCCGUUCGAUUGCGCCGUCUGCCUCUGCGAAUUCACCGAGGACGACAAGCUCCGGCUGCUUCCGGUUUGCAGCCACGCCUUCCACAUCGAUUGCAUCGACACGUGGCUCCUCUCGAACUCCACGUGUCCUCUCUGCAGAGGAGCCCUUCAGGAUUUCGGUUUGGAGUUUUUCGCCGCCGCCGGAGACGACGGAGAUAGGGUGUCUCCUCCGGGGGAGAAGCCGGCGGAGAGUGGUAUCAUGAGUGGGAAGAGAGUGUUCUCAGUGAGGCUUGGGAAGUUUAGGAGCAGUAAUGUUAAUGUUAGUGAAGGAGGAGGAGAGACAAGUGGGUGUGUGAGUGUGAACAGUAGUCUUGAUAACAGGAGGUGUUUCUCAAUGGGGUCUUAUCAGUACAUAGUGGCUGAGUCUGAUCUGGUUGUGGCUUUGUGUCCUAAUAAGGAUGGUCUGAAGAGUAGUGCUGAAGGGAAGAAGUUAAACAUGAGAAGUAAAGGUGAGAGCUUUUCUGUGUCGAAGAUUUGGCAGUGGUCUAAUAAAAGAUCAAAGUUUGCUAAUCAAGGGGAAACCAAUCUGGUGGGUGCUUCCUCUUAUGCUUGUUCUGCAUCUGGUAGUGGUAGAGUUGUUGCUGGUUUGUCAUUGAAUGGGAGGAGAUUUCAAGGGCCAUAAGAUGAGAAAGGUAGGUGAAGAUCAAAGGUUAGCUAAUUUUUCUGCCGUUGAUUUAUUGAUUUUGAGUUUUUUUUCUAAAAAAAUUAUUUUGUUAACACUAUACUGUAGUGGUGGUCUUUUGUGUCUCUGUAGCUGGAUCUGUUGUGUUUUGUUGAGGGCAAUAAGCUUGUUCUUUGAUUUAUGUUAUAUGUGAUGGUUGCUUUAAUCCCCUGUUCUAAUCAAACUAUGUUCAUACA